AUGAAAUUAGAACAUAGGUUCGGUGGAGAAAUUAGCUUUAUCUUUACGUGAAAAGAGAGUAGCUAUCUUAUAAGACCAUAAUUUAACUGUUUUUUUCUUCAGAGAUUCCAUUCGUCGUGCUUCUUUUCUCUCAUUUGAGUAAAACAUCUCUGAUCAGAUUGGUUUCUGGGUUUUAGCCGGAAAAGGAAAAAAGGGUCAUGGCCGGAGGUGGAGGAGGAGGAGGAGCUGCGCCGCCGCCGAAGCAGGAAGAGUUACAACCACACCCAGUAAAGGAACAACUUCCUAAUGUUUCUUAUUGCAUUACCAGUCCACCUCCUUGGCCUGAGGCCAUUCUUCUUGGUUUUCAACAUUACCUAGUGAUGCUUGGGACAACAGUUCUGAUUCCAUCUUCUAUUGUUCCUCAAAUGGGAGGGGGGAAUGCAGAGAAGGCAAAAGUGAUUCAAACACUAUUGUUUGUGUCUGGGAUCAACACAUUUACUCAGACAUUGUUUGGGACAAGAUUACCAGCUGUGGUUGGAGGAUCCUACACUUUCAUUCCAACAACUUUGUCUAUUAUUUUGGCUGGAAGAUACAAUGAUGUCUUAGAUCCUCAAGAGAAAUUUAAGAAGAUAAUGAGGGGUAUUCAAGGAGCACUUAUAGUUGCUUCUACUCUUCAGAUUGUUCUUGGAUUUAGCGGUCUUUGGAGAAACCUCACAAGAUUCUUGAGUCCUCUUUCUUUGGUUCCUUUGGUUUCUUUGACUGGCUUUGGGCUAUAUGAAUUUGGUUUUCCUCUACUGACUAAGUGUGUGGAAAUUGGACUUCCUCAGCUCAUCAUUCUAGUCAUUUUUGCUCAGUAUCUUCCGCAUUUAAUGAAAGGGGAAAGACAGAUAUUCAAUCGGUUUGCUGUUAUAUUCUCUGUUGUUAUUGUUUGGAUUUACGCUCAUUUACUCACAGUUGGCGGUGCUUAUAAGAACAAACCAAUGAAGACUCAGUCAAGCUGUCGAACUGAUCGCGCUGGAAUUAUUGGUGGUGCUUCAUGGAUAAGUAUUCCAUAUCCAUUUCAAUUUGGACCUCCAACAUUCGACGCUGGCGAAUCAUUUGCAAUGAUGGCUGCUUCAUUUGUUGCUCUAGUAGAGUCUACGGGUGUUUACAUUGCUGCAUCGCGUUAUGCAAGUGCGACGCCAAUUCCUCCUUCUGUUCUUAGUCGAGGUGUUGGUUGGCAGGGGGUGGGAAUACUAUUUUCUGGGGUAUUUGGAACAGGAAAUGGUUCAUCUAUAUCUGUGGAAAACGUCGGUUUGCUUGCAUUGACUCGUGUUGGUAGCAGACGGGUGGUGCAGAUUUCUGCCGGUUUCAUGCUUUUCUUUUCCAUUCUCGGGAAAUUUGGAGCAAUAUUUGCAUCAAUACCUGCUCCAAUAAUUGCAGCUUUAUACUGUCUUUUCUUCGCAUAUGUAGGUUCAGGAGGUCUCAGUUAUCUACAAUUCUGCAAUUUGAACAGUUUUAGAACAAAGUUCAUAUUGGGAUUCUCGUUUUUCAUGGGCUUAUCAAUUCCGCAAUAUUUCAACGAGUAUACAGCCAUAAAUGGAUAUGGACCUGUCCACACGAAAUCGAGAUGGUUUAAUGACAUGGUGAAUGUGACAUUUUCUUCGGAACCAUUUGUGGCGGGAAUGUUGGCAUUGUUCUUGGACAGUACAAUGAAAGGAAAAGAUACCGCAACCAAAAAGGACAGAGGAAUGCAAUGGUGGGAAAGGUUUAGAUCGUUUAAAACAGACACGAGGAGCGAGGAGUUCUAUUCGCUGCCAUUUAACCUUAACAAGUUCUUCCCACCUGUCUGAAAACAUAGAAUUAUUUGUUCUUAUUAAGAUCUUUCCAAUUGGGUUGUUCUUGAAUUUAGAAAGCUUUGUCUUUUGGAACAAACAACAAACAGUGUAGAAGAGGCUCUUUUUUUAUAUUUUUGGAACUACAAUCCAAGAAUUUGGCUUUUUAG